GAUCAAAUGGGAUGUAUGCCGAGUCCGGAUCCGGCAGCGGACUGUUACGGAGCAUCGUUCGUGCCAACACCGGCUAUUCAGCAAUUUCGACCACAAGGAUGUAAUACACAUGCGGAUUGUUACGAUAUGAGGGAACCACCACAGUGGUGCCGUUUAGCACCGAAUCAAGCAUGGACAAAAGAAGGAUGUCACUGCGAUCCGAAGUUGUCCACGUGUGUUAUAGAUCGUGUAACGAGAACACCGCGUCGUGGUUUCAUUGAAUACACAUACUGCUAUCCAAUCCCCUUCUGGCACUGUCCAUAA